AUGAGGUGGAGCGGUGUGGGCAUAGACGAAUGGUGGAGAAAUGAGCAGUUUUGGGUCAUUGGUGGAGUAUCAGCUCACUUGUUUGCAGUCUUUCAAGGUCUACUUAAAGUCCUGGCCGGUAUUGACACCAACUUUACAGUCACAUCAAAAGCCUCAGACGAAGACGGUGACUCUGCCGAGCUUUACUUGAUCAAAUGGACAACACUUUUAAUCCCACCGACGACUCUGCUUAUCAUAAACCUCGUAGGAGUGGUUGCAGGAGUUUCUUAUGCUAUCAAUAGUGGAUAUCAGUCUUGGGGACCUUUAUUUGGUAAGCUCUUCUUUGCCUUUUGGGUAAUAGUUCACUUAUACCCAUUCCUUAAGGGUUUGAUGGGUCGACAGAACCGGACUCCAACCAUUAUUGUUGUCUGGUCGGUCCUUCUUGCUUCCAUCUUCUCCUUGUUGUGGACUAGAGUCACUGGACCGGACGUGCUGGUUUGUGGAAUCAACUGUUGA